AAAAAAAAAAAAAAAAAAAAAAAAAAUUAUCCCAAUCCACGCCUGCAAAUUCUUCUGGAAGGAUUUCUCCCCCUCUCUUCAGGUUGGGCGCGUUUGGUGUAAGAUUCUCGGGAACCUCGGCGUCGCCUCUCCCUCCCCUCCCCCCUCCUCUCUUUUUUCCUUUCCUUCCCUUUCUUUCUUCCAUUCCUUCCCCCCCACCCCAAACAAACAAGCCCCCGAUUUUCUUCGGUGCUUGCUGCAGGCAGCGGGCGGCGGAGGCAACGCGCCGCGGUCGCCGGGAGCCGGGAGCCUCGGGCGCCCGCUCCUCGGCGCAGCAUGUUCCAGCCGGCACCCAAGCGCUGCUUCACCAUCGAAUCGCUGGUGGCCAAGGACAGUCCCCUGCCCGCCUCGCGCUCCGAGGACCCCAUCCGCCCCGCGGCUCUCAGCUACGCCAACUCCAGCCCCAUCAACCCGUUCCUCAACGGCUUCCACUCGGCCGCCGCCGCCGCCGCCGCUGCCGGCAGGGGCGUCUACUCCAACCCGGACUUGGUGUUCGCCGAGGCGGUGUCGCACCCGCCCAACCCCGCGGUGCCGGUGCACCCGGUGCCGCCACCGCACGCGCUGGCCGCCCACCCCCUGCCCUCCUCGCACUCGCCACACCCCCUCUUCGCCUCGCAGCAGCGGGACCCGUCCACCUUCUACCCCUGGCUCAUCCACCGCUACCGGUAUCUGGGCCACCGCUUCCAAGGGAACGACACCAGCCCCGAGAGCUUCCUUUUGCACAACGCGCUGGCCCGCAAGCCGAAGCGGAUCCGAACUGCCUUCUCCCCGUCCCAGCUCCUGAGGCUGGAACACGCCUUCGAGAAGAACCACUACGUGGUGGGCGCCGAGAGGAAGCAGCUGGCGCACAGCCUCAGCCUCACGGAAACUCAGGUAAAAGUAUGGUUUCAGAAUCGAAGGACAAAGUUCAAAAGGCAGAAGCUAGAGGAAGAAGGCUCGGAUUCGCAACAGAAGAAAAAAGGGACGCACCAUAUUAAUCGGUGGAGAAUCGCCACCAAGCAGGCGAGUCCCGAGGAAAUAGACGUGACCUCAGACGAUUAAAAACACAAACCGAACCCCACAGAAACGGACAAAAAGGAGCGAAACAGAGGCAGGGAGAGAAGGGGAAGAAGAAAAAACCUACAAAACAAGAUCGAGCAAACCGCACACACACAUUCACCGAGAAAGGGAGGGCACAGCAGCGGCCUUCGUCGCAGACUUUGGGCCGCCACGGCGCAGGGUCCCAAUCCGAUGCUGCGCCGCGAGGGGCAGGGGACGACGGAAGCUCCUUCAUCAACAUGCAACCCUCAUCUAAAGAGGCAGCUGAGUGAGUGAGUGAGGGAGAGAGAGAGGGAGAGAGGGAGCAAGUGAGAGAGGUCCAAAUGUGGCAAAGCCGAUCGCGCUCGGAGCAAGGGAGCUGUCAGUCAAACGCAGGGGAGCUGUCAGUCAGACGCCAAACCAGCGAGACAGGACGGUUGGCAGGUAUUCCGUUUAUCGCAGUCCACUCAAAAAAGCCGUGAGGGCAGUGAUGAUCAAAACAAAACAAAAGCACCUGGGCACGGGACUUUAGAUUUUGCACUUCGCCGUGUUGUUUUCCCCCCCGGUCUUUAAAAAUAAUCAAUAAUAACGAUUGAAAUUUCAUAUCCAGCCCCAUCCCCACACCUGUUUCAAAAACUUGAAUUGCAUGUAGCAGUCGUUGGGCAAACGGUGUCUAAAGACAGAAAAUGAAUUGUAAUUUUUUUUCCUUUUAAAGACAGGUUCUGUGUGCUUUUCAUUUUGAUUUUUUUUUCCAGAGAUAUGUGCAGUGUGUAAACACUUUUUGAUACCUUCUGACGUCAAAGUGAUUGUGAAAGCUAAGUGAGGUAGGCUCAGCGAUAGUGAUCCUCUUUCUUACUGAGAAACAGGGAGCAGGCAGGGGCUGGGGGGGUGGGGGAGGGGCCCACCGUGGAGUCAAGACUUGUGCUGGGGAAAAAAAAAAAAACCUCAAUGAUAUUUCUUGGACAUUCCCUUUCCUAACAUCCUGAGGCUUAAAACCACGAAGUAAACUUCUCCCUUUAGUGGCUGGAGAAGUUGGCCGAGUUCAACCAUUCACCGUAGAGGCCAUUCCAAAUGGAAAAUCUAUCUCUUGCAAAAACUGAGGGACUGUAGUUAGUGAGAAUGAUGUUAAGUGUGGCCAAGGACACAGUGACAAGUUUUCAAGCACUGAGUUUCUAUUCCAAGAGCAUAGACCUACUAAAGAGAGUGGCAAAUGCUUCCUUAAUGUCUCCUAUACCAGAAUGUAAAUAUUUUUGUGUUUUGUGUUAAUUUGUUAGAAUUCUAACACACUAUAUACUUCCAAGAAGUAUGUCAAUGUCAAUAUUUUGUCAAUAAAGAUUUAUCAAUAUGCCCGCA